CAUAUAGAGACUUAGACCAAUGCUUCAUAUCUUCCUAAAUCUUCCUCUCUACAUAGAAAUGAAGCUAAUCAAUAAGCACUCUUACAUUACUCUUCUUUCUUUCAUAUCUUUCAUUAUAACUCUCCCUUCUCCAAUCUCAUCUCAAGCUUGCAAGAAUUCUUGCGGCAAUAUCCCAAUCAAAUACCCAUUUGGAACUGGUCUUGGUUGUGGAGAUCCAAGAUUUCAAAAAUAUGUAACUUGCGAUGAUCAAGAAAAGCUUUCUUUGUUAACCCAUACAGGCUGCUAUCCUAUAAACAAUAUAGAUUACACUAAUCAAGUUAUUUACAUUUCAGAUCCUUCUAUGUCAACUUGUUCUUGUACUCAACCAAGCAAAGGCUUUGGCCUUGAUUGGGAUGCCCCUUUUUCUUUUCAGGAUGAUACUGUCUUCACAUUACUUGAUUGCUCAACUACUUCCUCACCGAUUUUUAGAAAUUCUAAUAAUGGGAGUAUAGUGCCUCAAUGUGAUAGAACAGGUGCACCCAUUUGUAGUUUCUUGUAUUCUUGUCAAGCUAUCAGUAGGCUUAGUCUUCCUAUUUCUACUUGUUGUGUUUAUACACCAGUAGACCUAGGGCCGGCUUUUGAAAUGGAUUUACAGAAACUGCAAUGCUCUUCUUAUUCUGGGUUUUAUAGCUUUAAUGGUCAGGAAGAUAACCCUGAAAAUUGGAAGUAUGGGAUUGCACUUAAAUACAAGUUUAAUGUUUAUAAUGAUUAUCCAAGUUCUUGUGCUAAUUGUGAGAGAAGUAAUGGGGUUUGUGGGUAUGGUGGAGUUUAUAAUUCUUUUGUUUGUAAUUGUCCUAAUGGCUUUAACACAACUUCUGACUGUUUCUUUGGGGGAUCAUAUAGUCUCGGUUCAACCCUUCUUCCAUGGCAGACAGGUAAUGGGUUGAUCUAUUCGUUGGCAUGCUUCCUUUUCUGGGCCUUUCUUUAGAGAGUGAAGAUCAGCAAAUUAUGUUAAUUGAAAUAAUGGACCUUGAUCUCAAGGCAAGGUUUGUUAUUUUCAUAAAGAAGAUAAGCAAAUUGUAUCAACAUAUCUUCAAAUGCAAGAAAUGUCCAAAAGAUAAUAGUUUGUCUUCUUUUUACUUUUCAGCCUCUUUUGGGUAAAGAACGUAUAAGAUAGCUGCUAGUGUGUUCACUUCAUUUAUCUAGGCCAAAGAAAAUGAGCAUUUGCUAAUUUUAACCACUAGAGACUUUUAGGUUGAACCUCUAAUUUUAGCACUUGUUUGUGAUCCAGCUAGCAAAAGUGGGUCCAUAUAGAGGCUGAGUUGUUGUGAGUGUAUUAAAAACAGGAUGAAGGAAUAAGGUUCUUUCUUUUGAGCUCUCA